GUUGAUUCAACCAGUGGGUGUGUCGUUUAUACUACACUAUGUAGUGUCUGACUGCUUCAGCGCAUAAUGGACUCCGGGAUAAGAACAGCAGCGCUGGGCUGAUCAGAGAGAGGAGCUGUGUCUGCGUCAAGCCAAGGCGCAAGCGUCAAGCCAAGGCGCAGCUCCUGUCUGUUCAUCCCAGCGCGGCUCUACUUGCCCGGAGCCCAUCCCUGUAGUUCAGUGGGCGUGGUGUGAAUUGGAAAACAAAGUGCAGAGACACCCUUCACUACUUCCUACAUCACCGGGAUCCGUUGAGUUCACCCGCCGCUCGCCGGGAUCGAUGCUAGUUAACCGCCCAGCACAGCCGCAUAAUAACUCCCGAUAAGAGAGGGACGAAAGAUCGGUGGAUGCGCUCCGUGAACCGGCUAGAGGUGGGAUUCAGUUAUGUGCGUUAUGGUGACAGAGCGUGACACCAAGGACGAAUAGCAGUCAGGCAGCAUCUCGUCCCCCCCCUCUCUCUCUCUCUCUCUCCCAGCCGGGCUUGCGCUAUAGACCAACGAGAUAAAUGGGCAGCAGACUGCACCAAACAGUGUCCGGCACCGAUAGCACCAUUCCACAUUGACUCAAACAACUGGACGGGACCCGUUAUGUACUAAAGAGAGUAUAUUACACCAGUAGCGGUUGAGAGACCGGAACAGGGUUUUUGAAGAAGCGGUUGUUUGUUCAGCAUGAGCGGUGGAGGAGAAAUCAUCUUCCAAGGCUGGCUGAGAAAGUCCCCACCAGAGAAGAAACUGAGGCGAUAUGCGUGGAAAAAGCGUUGGUUCAUCCUGCGUAGUGGUCGUAUGUCUGGCGACCCUGACGUCCUGGAGUACUAUAAGAACGACCGGUCUAAGAAGCCCAUCCGGAUCAUCGACCUGCAUUGCUGCGAGCAGGUGGACGCUGGGCUGACCUUCAAGAGGAAGGAGUUUCAGGAUAGCUUCGUGUUCGACAUCAAGACGUCAGAGCGUACCUUUUACCUGGUGGCAGAGACCGAGGAGGAGAUGAACAAGUGGGUUCGCUCCAUCUGUCAGCUGUGUGGCUUCAACCAGUCAGAGCAGAACAACCACGACGGCCGGUCCUCUACAGCUCAUAUGGGCCGCUCCCUGGCAGCAGACCUGUCCAGUUCCAGUUCCCUGACCCCACUGACCAGAGAGCGUAAGUCGUCCGCUCCAGUCCACUCUUCCCAGCCCGUCCUGUUCACCUUCGACGUCCCGGUCCGUCACAGUGGGUCGCACAGUCACCACGGGGGCUCCCUGUCCAACAGCGCACCGCAGGACUAUCUUCUACUGCAUCAGUGCAUGAGCAGGAAGACUGAGAGCGCACGGAGUGCCAGUUUCUCCCAGGUACAGCACAGUAGCAAUCUGUUUGUGGGCAGUGACUCGGCGGUGCAGAAGUUCUCCCAUGGUUUCUCUCACUGUCUGAACGGGAUGGGCGCCCAGCUGCAUGGCUUCUACAGCCUGCCCAAACCUGGCAAGCACCAACUGGCCUCUGCGGUCGGGCCCAGGUCCUCCACACGGCCAGACUCCCCCCAGGAGGGCUAUGUGCUACCCAGGGGGUACAGCUCUGAGGGGCCCUCAGAUCAUAAUCGCCUGGGAGACAUGGAUCAGCAGGAGAAUGAGGAGCUGUACACCUUCAAGACGCCUUGCAACACCCUGGCCACCGGCAACGACCAUAACCACAGUAACGACCGACACAGCAAUGACCAUAACCACAGCAACGAGCGUAGCAACGACCGGCAGACUGACAACUACGACCUCCCGACCCCGCCCGGAUCGUUCUACCAGAUCCCCCGGACGUUCGAUAAGAACCACAACGUGACGCCGUCUGGCUCCGAGUCAUCUAGUGGACCCCCUCCACGGCCCCCCAAGCCCAGCCAGGGGUCAGAGAGCGGGGGCUGUCUGGGGUCACUGCAGAAUGGAGAGGUGACCACGACUGUGUCGGUUAUACCCAGGAGGAACACUCUGCCUGCCGUGGAGAACAUCAGGUUACAUCGAGGGUGUUCAUUUGAGACCAGCAGCCAUCACCGUCCGAUCUAUUUCAACAACCAAGGCCAAUCUGUGGAGUGUGUCAACGAUGGCUUCAGUUCUUACCUGAGAACAAAGGCCCCUCUGACACGUUCGGACAGCGGCGACUCGGAGGACAACUAUGUGCCUAUGAACCCAGGCUCAUCUCCCCUCAACGCCGCGCAGGCGGACAGCCCCAAAAAUAUCUAUAUCCCCAUGAGCCCCGGGCCGCACCACUUUGACUUCCCAGGGUUCUCAGCCACGCUACCUGCCCGGAAGGGAAGUACCGCCUCGCUGUGUCACCGACCGGGGAGGCUGAGUGACGUCACACCACCACCUAUAAAUCGCAACCUCAAACCCAACAGGAAAUCCAAGCCGACACCUCUGGAUCUGAGGAACAAUGGCAUCAUUGAUGAGCUCCCAUUUAAGAGUCCAAUCACCAUGUCCUGGACACGACCCAUUCCUAUGAACUCAGGUGGCAUGUCCUCCCAGCACUGUAGACCCAUCUCCACCCAGAGUAUCACCAGCACUGACUCCGCAGACAGCGAGGAGAACUACGUAGCCAUGCAGAACCCAGCGUCUACCUCCCCAGCUGUGAGUGGUACCAGCAGCCCCGCCCCUAGGAAGUGUGGCAAUGUGGACUACUUGGCUCUGGACUUCCAGCCGGGCUCCCCGAGUCCACACAGAAAGCCCUCUACGUCCUCGGUGACAUCUGAUGAGAAGGUGGAUUAUGUCCAGGUGGACAAGGAGAAGACGCAGGCCCUCCAGAACACCAUGCAGGAGUGGACAGACGUCCGACAGUCCACCGACCCCGCCCCUAAGACUGUAAAGUCCUGACAGUAACCAUGGGGAAGACACAGCGCUCUGACCUUACCUCAUGUCAAGACAAGCAUCUCCUAUAGGAUGUUACACUGUUACUGACAGAAGUCAGUUUGAGGAGUGAAUGAACAUUAAUGGAUGGCGGAGACACAGAUUACCUCUGUUGGACAGGCCAAAAUUACUUGAGGACUAAAAUGAGUUGAGGACCGAAAUAAGGACCGAACUGAGGACUGAAAUGAGUUGAGGACUGAAAUGAGGACUAAAAUGAGUUGAGGACUGAAAUGAGGACUAAAAUGAGUUGAGGACUGAAAUGAGGAUUUAAAUGAGUUGAGGACUGAAAUUGAGGACUUGGCUCAAAAAGAGGAGACAAAAAGUCAACGCCUAGCUGUGUUCUGUGGUGAUCAUCAGUGCUGUGCAGCCAACGCUUGAUGCAGGCGGACAGAGACCCAACCUGAACCUGCCAAAGCUUUUCUUCCUAAAGAGACUGUUAAAGCUGGACUGGAGUGAUAGGAACUUGCCUUCCCGAAUACUAACCUGUACAGUAACCUUUCUUCUAGAUUUUUCUCUGACUCUGUCAAGCUUCGGGGAACAACUCUUCUAGUUCUUCUCUACAGCCAUUUCAACUGUAACACAACCUUGAGUGUGUUUUCUUCCUGUUUAGCGGGUCAGCUAAUGUACAUAGCUACUGUAAAACUAUUUGCUGCCAGUCAAACUGCUAACCACCCAACCAGGCAGUGGAAUUGUAUCAGGAAUGCAUAUUCUAUUACAGAUGCAGCCUCAUUUUGCUUGAUAGGACAUCAGGCGGGGGGGGGGGUGCUCGUCAGGCUCGCUCACUCCCAUUCUUUUCUGACUUCAAUCAACCAUUUUAGCUGAGCCUUGCAGAAGUGAAACAAGCGUAGAGGUUAUUUUCACUGCACUGCAGGCAGUAUUUUCAGCUUAGCCGUGCACGUCUGGUGUAGGAGACCAAAUAACAGCCUUACAAUAAAAUAUUCUCUCCAGGAGCCUUAAUGAGAAUUUCAAAAUGGCUGUCGGUUGAUCGAGCUCGUUUAAAUAAUGUAUUCAUCCAUAAAUACUGGUUCUUCCGUUAACGGGGUGACUCUGGUUGCAGCGACGGCUCUUAAACAAUAGACGGAAGCUCAGACAUGUCAGAAAGAAGUAAUGAAGACCGUGUAAAAGAAGAGACAGCAUCUCAUUUCAUUUAGUGCAUAUUUGCAUAUAAUGGUGAAAAAGGCGUGUGUCCCAAAUGACCCCUUAUUCCCCUAUGGGCCCUGGUCUAAAGUAGUGCACUAUAGGCCCUGGUCUAAAGGAGUGCACUAUGGGCCCUGGUCUAAAGUAGUGCACUAUAGGCCCUGGUCUAAAGUAGUGCACUAUGGGAGAAGGGUGUCAUUUGAGACACAGAUGGUGUGAAAUAUCUGUGUUGGGUUCAUUGAUGCUCUACACUAGAACAGUUUUCCUUGGGGGAACCCCUCAGCUACUCUCUCUCUCUCUAAUGGACUCGAGAGAAUUAGAGACGUCAAAGAGAGAAACGUUGAGGGGUAAUAUCCAAUGUAAGGAAACGGUUUCUAUACCACUACAACAUUAUAACACACACACACACGUAGACGUACACACAUUCACAAACACACACACCCUACAUGAACAUAUGCACUGACAGACAGGUUGACGAGGAGGAACAUUUACUGAGUUGUUAUAACGUUGGACGCAGAGGUCAAUGUGUCCACGUUCGUUUUCCUCUAAACGGAUUUCUUUGACAUUUUCUGCACAAUUAACUGCAGUUUUCGUUCUGAGAUAAAGCAUUUAUUUUGAAACAAAGUGAAAAACAAAUCCCAAACGGCGUCAAUAACCUAACUUUUUUUUUUAACUAAGAAAACAAAAUCUGGGUGCCAUUUUAGAAAAGUGUAAUGUAUUCCAAAUGGCACUCUAAGGGGCCCUGGUCUAAAGUAGUGCACUAUAGGCCCUGGUCUAAAGUAGUUCACUAUAGGCCCUGGUCUAAAGUAGUUUACUAUAGGCCCUGGUCUAA